CUUCUUUGACUGUAUAUCGAUGAUACCAAAUCAUUAAAAGAUAUGUCAUGCAAAGUCAUGGACUCACCAUGGUUGUUGCAAUCUUCCUAACUUAAUAGUUUUGAGAAAACUAUAUUUAACAUUUCAUCAAAAACUUAUAGUCCAUUCUCCACCUGAAAACUUUAUGGGUUUACACACCGAAUCCCCGGACCGAAUUACACAAGAAGGAGAAGAAGCUAAUGUCGGAGUUGAGAAUCAACCAAGAGCAACAUCAAAUUCAACAGCUCUUGAUCGGCCACAAGCUAUCAAGACACGAAACUGGUGGAUUUGGAUCUUUGUCUGCUCGGGUUUGGUCGUAACAGGACAAGUUUUCUCCAAACUUCUUCUAAACUUCUACUUUGUACAAACAGGACGUGAUGUCUGUGACGACCCAAAACAAUUCAAAGGCACAUGGCUUCAGUCUAUGGUCCAAAACGCUGCGUUUCCAUUUACAGCCUUCUUUGCCUUCUUGUGGCGUUCUUUAUCUUCUAACCAUAGAGAAACUAUUUCUUAUUCUUCUUCUUCUUUUGUCAAACUCUUUCUUCUUUACAUCUCUCUCGGCGUCCUCUUUGCUGCUUAUAGCCAACUUUAUGCAAUUGGAAGAACACAUUGUAUCUUCUUCUUUUGGAUCUUCACAACACAACUGAUCUUCACUUCCAUUUUUACAGCAAUCAUCAACAAACACAAAUUCAACCGUUGGAUCGUAUUAGCUAUUAUACUUUCUGGAGUUGCCACAGGAAUUACAUCUUCAGAUGAUGCCUAUAUGCCCUGCGAAGCUGAAGGCUACAAAAUGAGUUACGGUGCGUGGUGUGGCUUCUCUGGCACGGUAGCCUUCUCUUUAUCCCUAUGUAUCAUGCAGUUAGGGUUCGAAAAGGUCAUACCGAAGACAGAGAGUAAAGUUACCGCGGUGAUGUCGAUGCAAACCUACGCUUCCAUGAUUGCAACGUUGAUAUGUUUGGUUGGACUAUUCGUAAGCGGUGAGUUCAGAGACAUCAAAGAAGAUUUCGAAACAUUUAAGGAAGGGAAACCACUUUACGUUUUGACUCUGACUGGACUAUCACUUGCCUGGCAAGUAAUGUCUAUAGGACUUGUGGGUCUAGUGUGUUUGGUUUCUACUCUUUUCUCUAAUGUUGUCAGCUUCAGUGCAAGCCCUUUAGCAAACAUUUUCGUGGUGGUGGCGUUUCGGUUUAUGGAUGAUGAUGUUGAAUGGUUUAAGGGAGGAGCUUUGUUAGCUGGGAUACUUGGUUUUGCAUCUUACGUAUAUUCUUUGUACAAGUCUGCUAAGAGAAGAGCAAGCCAGAGUGAAACACUGAGUGUGUGAUCUAUAUAUGUUGUAUAUGUUUGUCUUAAUAACGCCAUUGUAUUUUAUUUUAUUUUCCUUUGCCAGUGUUGAUUUUUACUUAUACUGGAUUGAAAAAUGUUGAUUUUUACACA